GAAGAGAGUUGGGAAAGCGAAACCGGAAGCCACACUGUGAUAAGCUCGAGCUAUAAUCUUGAAAUAAAAAUCUGAGAUAAUUGUUUUGAGAGAAAAGGGUAGAGAAAAAUGUCUGGAGUUGGGCCAAUCACACAGGACUGGGAUCCGGUGGUGAUCCGGAAGAAGGCUCCCAACGCCGCCGCCAAGAAGGAUGAUAAGGUUGUCAACGCUGCUCGCCGUUCCGGCGCUGAGAUUGAAACUCUUAAAAAAUCAAAUGCUGGUACAAAUAAAGCUGCCUCUAGCAGCACUUCUUUAAACACAAGAAAGCUUGAUGAAGAAACAGAGAACCUAGCUCAUGAGCGAGUGCCAAGUGAACUGAAGAAAGCCAUCAUGCAGGCUCGAACAGAAAAGAAGCUUACCCAGGCUCAACUUGCUCAUUUGAUCAAUGAGAAGCCCCAGAUAAUACAAGAAUACGAAUCUGGAAAAGCAAUUCCAAAUCAACAGAUAAUAGGCAAACUGGAGAGAGCUCUUGGAGCGAAGCUGCGAGGGAAGAAGUAGAUUGUGACUUUGGACACCCAGAUGAGGUUAUCCAAGUGUUUCUAGAAGUUAAAAAUUGAUGCUGUGUUUAAACCCUCAAGGGCUCAACUUGUUUGGUCUUUAUAAACCUUCAAGGUUUUAGUUAUGAUCGUGGUUGCAUUCUGGGUUUUGAUCAAAUUUAAUGAUCCAUAUAUAUAUAUAUAUAUUGGAUAUUAUAGUGUAAAUUUUUGUUUUGGCCUGAAAUCGACGUCUAAUUCUAGU